GAAGAAAACGCCGCGCGGGGGGGAGUUUUGCUGCUUCUCCCCCCCCUCCCCCCAGUCCUCUUUCGCGCCCGCGACUCCCCGGGGCCCCAGCAGGGCCACCAGGAUUGAUGCUCUGUAUCCACCACCAUUUAGACUCCCUAGUGGCAGCACUGCUGUGGUCACCAGCAUCCUGCACCCUUCACAGGCUUGCCUGUGAGCUUGUCUGAGACACCAGUGAUGUAAUGGAUGAAUUGCUGAGCAGUCACUCUACUCCCAGCCCAUUGCAGCAGGACCGCAACAGUAAGACUGCUUACUCCUGCCUGGGCAGGAGGCAUCCAUGUUCCAUGGAGCCCCAAGGAAUUGUCAAAGCUUUCCCCAAACGAAAGAAGAUCACAUAUGAUUCACAGAAGGCAGUGCCUACAAAGGUACUGAAAGAAGAAACCAAGAAUGAGCAAGCAGCAUGGUUGGAGCCAAUCACUGCCUAUGUGCUGCAAGCAGGAAUUGGCCAGGCCAGGGCUGAGAUCUUCCGCAAGCAGAUCGUCCAGAAUGGGGGAAUUGUCUGCAGCCAUUAUUCCCCAGAUGUGACACAUGUUAUAGUGGAUGAAGGCAUGGACUGUGACCGAGCUUUCCGGCUUCUCAAACUGGCCAAGUUACCCCAGGGAUUGCAACUGGUGAAGGCAUCCUGGCUGAGUUCCUGUAUUGCAGCACAGCAGAUCUUGAAGACUACUGGCUACAGCCUCUUCAUCCCGGAGAAGUAUCUGGAUGUGUCAGACACUUCAAAGCAGCAAUCACAACUUCUGAGUGAAGUGAUGGUCCAGUCUCAAAUGGAGAGUGCAGUCCUGGCACUGAAGGAUGAAUCUCAGGCAGAUGUUUCCAGCACUCCCUGUAGUGCAGCAAAUUCCUCAGGACAGCCAGAAGUUAAAGGGACAAUCUUGGACAACGAGGGAACUGAAGGGGAAGAGCCUGUUGUCACUCUGGGAGAACUGGAAGCACUGAGGUCAGGCAAAGACCCAAACACUUUGCCAGGAGAUUCUUCUGUGUCGCUUCCCACUAGCAAGUGGGUUUGUGCCCACUCCUCUGCAAGCAAGAAAAUUAAUCAUAACCAGAGCAUUACAGAGAAGCUGGAGCAACUGGCAAAAGCCUACUCUGUCCAAGGGGACAAGUGGAGGGCUCUGGGUUACUCAAAAGCUAUAAACGCCCUCAAGAGCUACCACAAGCCAGUCACCUCUUAUCAGGAAGCCUGCAAAAUCCCUGGAAUUGGAAAGCAGAUGGCAGAAAAGAUUGUGGAGAUCCUGGAGAGUGGGCACCUUCGAAAGCUGGACCACAUCAGUGAGAGUGUGUCAGUGCUGGAAGUAUUUUCCAAUAUCUGGGGAGCAGGAGUCAAGACUGCUCAGAUGUGGUACCAGCAGGGCUUCCGCACUCUGGAUGACAUCCGCACUAAGGCUUCCCUCACCAGCCAGCAGGCCAUUGGCUUGAAGCACUAUGAGGACUUGCUGGAGCGCAUGCCACGUGAAGAAGCUGCCCAAAUUGAGCAGACGGUCAGAGAAGCAGCCCUGUUGAUCAAUCCUGGGCUGGUGUGUGUCGCGUGUGGCUCGUUCCGGCGGGAAAAGUCCACCUGUGGGGAUGUGGACGUGCUGGUGACUCACCCUGAUGGGCACUCGCACCAAGGAGUGUUCAGCAAGCUGCUUGAUAGCCUCCGGAAAAGUGGCUUCCUGACAGACGAUUUGGUGAGUCAGGAAGACAAUGGAAGCCAGAAGAAAUACCUCGGGGUCUGUCGUCUGCCAGGACCAGGCCGGCGCCACCGGCGCCUUGACAUCAUUGUGGUGCCCUACAGUGAGUUUGCCUGUGCCCUGCUCUACUUCACUGGCUCAGCCCACUUCAACCGCUCCAUGCGAGCUCUGGCCAAGACCAAGGGCAUGAGCCUGUCGGAGCAUGCCCUCAGCAGCGGGGUGGUGCGUGGAGCCGGUGGCCUCAAAACAGUGCCUGGCGUGGCCCUGUCUACUCCCACCGAGAAGGAUAUCUUCAUUCACCUGGGGUUGCCUUAUCGGGAGCCCCCCGAGAGGGACUGGUGACAAAGGACAGGAAGAGAGCUAUUUGAGGAUGCCCUCGGGGUGCUUGCAUGUGACUCACUUGGGACCUUCCAGCCUCUGCAGACUUGUCUGCUUUCCUUGGCAAAUUCUUGCGGGUGCUAAAGACAGGAGGACUUGUGUGAUUAAGGGGAGCUGGUCCUUCUUUGUGCUACUGGAAGGAAAAGCCCAAGGCCCUGAAUGGAUUCAGUUUUUUAAUGGAUUGCCAUUAGAGAGGCACUAAGGGCAAAUUAACCUACCUCACCGACCAGUUUUAAUGAAUGAAUGAGAAAAUUUGUAAAGCGAUUUUGCACAUUGAAACUCCCAUGUAAAGGCGGAGGAAGAGUGGUGGGGGGAAUGAAAAGAUUUUUAAGAAUGGAUUUUAAAUACACCUUUGCGAAGGUAGCAUCCUUUUAAGGCUGCUAGCUUCUCUUAUUUGGAGAGGCUGCUUUUCUGCUAAGGCUGUACAUUUGAGAGGGGGUUUGUGGUUUGUUUGCCAAGAAAUGAAGUGUCAUGGAUUUCCAUCUCAGGAUUAAUCUCUUCAAGCUGACAUUAUAUUCUCCCUCCCACCCUGCUGCUGGCCUUGGGAAAUGUUUUAAAAGUUUUAGAAUCCUACCCUUCCCCAAAUGGUGGCACAGGAUUGUUUAUUUGCGUAAUUUAUGCUAACUGUAGAGCUUGGUAUGGUUUCAGCAUUUGGAACUUCUUGUUAGUCCUUUCAAUAGGUGAAUAAAGGAGAGGGAGCUACUGAACUCAGCAAGCCAGUAGGGAAGGGACAGAGAACGGCAUGAAGUGAAGACACAGCAGGAGGGUAGCUUUGGAUGGAAUAAGUACUUGGAGGUACUUUCCUAGCACUAAGAAGAAUCGGACAGUGAAACAGCUUUGGGGUAUAUGCUUCUCUGAGUACCAAGAAGAGGCUGGAUCGGCAUCUCUUAAGAACGUUUCAGAUAUAGUUUGCAGUUAAAUAUCAGACUUCUGUGGCAAGGUAAACAUAAUUCUGUACUAAUUUGUUAUUUCUUUGUUAAAUUUCUGUAUUGCCCUUCAUCCAAGGAUCACAGGGCGUUUACAAUAUAAAAACACAAAAAUACACUCACUGAGGUCCAUCUACCCAGAAAUGCUGCUGAAACACCUGUACACUACUGAGACUCCUUGAAGCGCUACCUGCACACUUUCAAACAUGUCUUCACAGACUUAAAGGCUUGAAACUUGAUUCCCCCCCCCUUUUAAAAAUGAAGCUGCAGUUCUCAGGGUGCUGAACUGUGACACAGUGCUUUACCACAUCUUGCAUCUGUAUGGCUUGAUUAGGAUGCAAACAGCAGAAUACACUUUGCCUUAGCUGAUGAUUCAGAACUUAUUGGAAGUCGCCUAAUACCAGAUCGGACUAUUUUCCCAUCUAGCCCAAUAAUGUCUACUCUGACUGGCAGUGGCUCUCCAGGGUCUCAGGGAUAUUCCCAGUCUCUUGCUACAUGACCCUUUUAAGUAGGAGAUGCUAGGAACCGAAGAUCUGGGACCAUCUGUUUGCAGGACAGGUGCUCUUCCACUGAGUCAUGGGCCCUUCCCAGUUCUUGUGUUAGACUAGGUGACCCUUAGGGAAAUACACCUUAGUGAGCUGUAGUUAUCCCCUUAGCCACACAGGCUCCUUUGCCCACCUCCAUGUUGUACCUCUGCAGUGUAUCACUUAGGGAUCAGCGCAAUAAGGUCCCCUUGUGCUCUGUUCUUUUGGAAACAAAGGAUUGCUGUGAUUGCUGAAAGACAAUAAAACCUGUUAACAUGUUUUAA